AUGGGCGACGGGGAGACGCUCCACUAUCAGAGCGUCGUCCCCGACGCGGGAGCGGAUGGAGACGCCGCCGCCGAGGGCUUCUUCGACCUCGCCAACGCCCGAUGCGUGCGAUACACCGUCGCGGUGGGAGAGCGCGAGGCGCGAGAAGGACGGGGCGGCGGCGAGGGCGACGGCGAGACGAACGAGGCGAGCGGCUCAUCGCGCGCGGACGGGUCGGAGGUUGAGCUGGUGGUGGAACAGGACCAGAGCCUGCACGACUCGUGCGGUGGGAUCGUGUGGGAAUCCGCGUACGCCCUCGAGCAGUACAUGCGGCUGAACAUCGGGCGCAUUUGCGCGUCCCCGCCGGUGAAGCGCAAGCGGGGACUGUCGCGAUGCAAGGUGCUCGAGCUGGGCGCCGGCGCCGGGUUGCUCGGGCUCGCGGUGGCCGCCAGAGGCGCCAAGGCCACGGUGCUGACCGACCACCCGAACGCCAUGCCGCUGCUGGAGAGAAACGUGCGACGAAAUUCCGCGCUGUUCGAGACCCGCGCCGAGCUCGUCGGCAAGAAGCGGAAGAAGCGCGGGGACGCCAACGCCGACACCGAGACGACGACGACGACCACAUCCACAUCCAAAUCCAAACCCAAGUGCAUGCCGUUGGACUGGACGAACGACGCACACGUGGACGCGGUGGCGAGGGAAGGCCCCUUCGACAUCAUACUGGCCACGGACGUCGUGUUCAACGAGUCACUCGUCGCGCCGCUGCUCGCGGCUAUACGCGCGUGCGGCGGACCGAGGACAGUCGCGUACGUGUGCGUCCAGGAGCGAUGCGCCGCGGCGUUUGACGCGUUUCGGAGGGGGGCGAGUGGGGCGUUGGGUAGCGCGAGGGAGGUUCCGAGGGAGGAGCUCGGGUUCGUGGACGAGGAGUGCGUCCUGUUUGAGCUCAAGGCGACGAGGGACGUGUUCGGGGAUGCGGGAUGA